CAAAAAAAAUUGAUCCUAGUUAAAAUUAUGACAAAUAAUAUAGGAAAAUAUACUUAAUAAUAAUAUACUACUUUCUAUCUAUUACAAGAAAUUCCCAAAAAUUGUGUUUUGAAAAAGUUAUUAAGUUUCAAAUUAGUUUACACCAAAAAAAUAUUGAUACUUUAAACAGUUGUAAAAAAUAACCUACUUGACUUAAAUUAACGUUUUACUAUCAAAAUUUGUCUAAAAAUUAGAUUAACAAAUUGGUUAUUUUUCCAAAAAAAGCAAUUAAAUAAAUUUUUUUUUAUUUUCGGUAUUGAUAAUAAUAUAUAAUAAUAUGUAUUAUAAUAUGUAUGUUUGAGCAGAUAUUUGUCAACGGGGAUUCAUUUUUCUGCACUACAUUUUGAUUUUCGUAUUGGCAAGAGUACUAUUAACCAAAUCGUCCGUGAAACUUGUCAAAUUUUAUGGUCAGUGUUACAACCCACGGAAAUGCCCGAACCAAACCGAGAAAAAUGGGUUGAAAUUUCUGAACUUUUUUAUAAAAAAACUAAUUUUCCAAAUUGUCUCGGGUCCAUUGAUGGAAAACACAUUAGAUGCAGAAACCCAAACAAUUCUGGGUCUCUUUUUUAUAACCAUAAAAAGUACUUUUCCAUCGUACUUAUGGCAGUGGUAGAUGCAAAUUUAAAUUUCAUUUUUAUCGAUGUCGGAGCGUACGGGCGAGAAGCUGAUUCCAACGUUUUUCGACAAAGUGUAUUUGGUAAAAAGUUGUAUACAAACCAACUACAAAUUCCUGAUGCGGUAUCGUUGCCUUUGACGGAAAAUAAUGCACAACCAUUUGUAUUUGUUGCCGAUGAGGCAUUUGGUCUACACACCAACUUAUUACGACCAUAUCCAGGACGUGGGCUGAAUAAUACUCGUAGGAUAUUUAAUUAUAGGCUAUCGAGAGCAAGACGCACUGUCGAGUGUGCUUUUGGUGUAUUAGCUAAUAAGUGGAAUGUAUUACAUACAACUAUUCUAGUUGAACCUGAUUUUUGUGAUCACAUCAUAAAAGCAUGCUGUGUUUUGCAUAACUUUGUUCGAAAGAGAGACGGGUGUAACUAUGACGAAAAUAUUUCAGAUACGGCCUAUAUAAAUUACCUAGAAGAUUUUCAAGGACAUGGUAGACGUCAUAUAAAUCGAAAUGGAAUGGAAAUUAGAGAUAAUUUUGCAAAUUAUUUUAUUAAUCAAGGGGCUGUUCCAUUUCAAUAUAGAACAACACUUUAGUUACCAAUAUGGCACUAUAUAUAACAUUAUGUUGAAAUUAAAAUGUUAAUUUUAUUAUUAUUCUUGAUUCAAAAAUUUUUGAAAUCAAAUCGCAUUUUUCGUAUGUUUAUUGUACAUAUUAUUAUUAUAUUAUUAUCAUAAUUUUUAGUAUAAGUACA